AGCUGCCCCGGCUCCCUGGGAUUGGGCCAGGACCAGAAGCAGGGAGCCCAGCAGCUCCCCAGGGCAGGAUGGAUCUCCUAGGGCUGGCUGCCCAGUGGAUGCUGGGGAGUCUGCUGGUCACUCUAGGAGCUGGCAAGAGCAGCAGCAUGCCCCGGCUACAACUUUCCUACAGAGACCUCCUGGCCACUAACCGCUCUACCAUCUUCCUGGGCCCUCGGGGUAAAUUGGAUCUAAGGGCUCUGUACCUGGAUGAGUACCGGGACCGGCUCUUUCUGGGUGGACGGGACACCCUCUACUCCCUGCGAUUGGACCAGGCAGGGCCUGAUCCCAAAGAGAUCUUAUGGCCUCCUCGACCUGGCCAGAAGGAGGAAUGUAUCCUGAAGGGAAGGGAUGCCUUGACUGAAUGUGCCAACUAUGUUCGAGUGCUCCACCCCUACAAUAGAACCCAUCUGCUGGCCUGUGGCACAGGAGCCUUCCAGCCCAUGUGUGCCCUCAUCACAGUGGGCCAUCGAGGGGAGCAUGUGCUCAACCUGGACCAGGCCAGUGUGGAAGGUGGGCGGGGACGCUGCCCACAUGAGCCCGACAGACCUUUUUCCAGCACCUUUGUAGGCGGGGAGCUGUACACGGGUCUCACUGCCGACUUCCUGGGCCGAGAAGCCGUGCUCUUUCGCAGUGGUGGUGCCCGGCCUGCCCUUCGCUCGGACACGGACCAGAGCCUGCUGCAUGACCCCAGGUUUGUGGGGGCCGCUCUGAUCCCCGACAACGCCGACCGGGACAACGACAAAGUGUACUUUUUCUUCUCCGAGGCAGCCGCCCCUCCUGAUGGGGGCUCCGGUCAGGCCAUCGUCAGCCGCGUAGGCCGCCUCUGUGUGAACGACGCUGGGGGCCAGCGGGUGCUGGUGAACAAGUGGAGCACCUUUCUGAAGGCCAGGCUCAUCUGCUCUGUGCCCACCCCCGGCGGCAGCGACACCUACUUUGACCAACUGGAGGACGUGUUCCUGCUGUGGCCCAAGGACGGGAAGAGUCCGGAGGUCUAUGCACUCUUCAGCACCCUCAGUGCUGUGUUCCAGGGCUUUGCUGUCUGUGUAUACCACAUGGCUGACAUCUGGGAGGUUUUCAAUGGUCCCUUUGCCCACCGGGAUGGUCCCCAGCACCAGUGGGGACCCUACGGGGGCAAGGUGCCAUUCCCUCGGCCGGGAGUGUGCCCCAGUAAGACCACGACCCAGCCUGGCCGGCCCUUUGGAAGCACCAAAGACUAUCCGGACGAUGUGCUGCAGUUCACCCGGGCCCACCCACUCAUGUUCCGACCUGUGCUGCCCCAUCACGGGCAUCCCAUCCUUGUCAAGACUCAUCAGCCCUAUCGACUUCUCCAGAUUGUAGUAGACCGAGUAGAGGCUGAGGAUGGGGCCUAUGAUGUCAUCUUCCUGGGCACAGAUGCAGGCUCUGUACUCAAGGUCAUAGCUUUCCAGACUGGAAAAUCUGCGCAGCCUGAGGAGGUAAUCCUGGAAGAGAUGCAGGUGUUUAAGGUACCCACCCCCAUCAUCGAGAUGGAGAUCUCUGUCAAACGGCAAAUGCUGUAUGUGGGUUCCCGCCUCGGUGUUGCCCAGCUUCGGCUGCAUCAGUGUGAGACGUACGGAAACGCCUGUGCCGAGUGCUGCCUGGCCCGAGAUCCCUACUGUGCCUGGGACGGCAACACCUGCACCCGGUACCAGCCCAGCUCUGCCAAGCGCCGAUUCCGACGGCAGGACAUCCGACACGGCAACCCGGCGUUGCAGUGCCUGGGCCAGAGCCACGGAGGGGAUGUCAUGGGGAACAUGGAGGCCACCGUGGUAUAUGGCACAGAACACAACAGUACCUUCUUGGAAUGCCGGCCCAAGUCACCCCAGGCCACGGUGCACUGGUUUGUGCAGAGACCCAAGGAUGAGCAGCCAGACCAGGUGAAGACAGAUGAACGAAUCCUCCAAACAGAGCAUGGGCUACUCUUCCGGAGGCUUAAUCGCCUUGAUGCUGGCACUUACUCGUGUAAGACCCUGGAACAUGGCUUUGCCCAGACAGUGGCCAGACUGGCCCUGGAGGUGAUAGGGGCUGAACAGUUGGAGGGCCUGUUUCCCCGGGAGCAUGGAGAAGAGGAGUCUAUCUCCAAAAAUUCUGCUUCAGUCCCAUCUCGAGCAUGGUACAAAGAUAUCCUCCAGCUCAUCGGCUAUGCCAAUCUGCCCCGGGUAGAGGAGUACUGUGAGCGGGUAUGGUGUGUUGACCGUUACCGACGCAAGGGGAAGCAUAGCAAAAGCAAGACAUGGCCGGGCACUGACCUGGGAAAGAAGGCAAAGAGCCGAGCACAGGGGGAGCGCAAUCGGACCCCCCGGGAAGUUGAGGCUACGUAGAAGAGGAGGUAGCUUGGAUGGAGAGCAGUAUUGUCCAGCUCUCCCAGAAGGAAACCUCAUCAACUGCCCUGCUUUCUGUCUCCCCCACAUACAUAGCUGGGGCAAGGGUGACCAGAGCAUAGACUGGCCAUCUUGUCUAACACCCUGGCUUUUGCAGGGAAUUGAAUUUCUGGUCCCUCAGUGUCUGAUAGUCAGGAAUCCAGGGGUUGGGUUCUGGCCUGGAGAUCCCAAGGCUUCUGAUGAAGACUGGGAGGCCCCUUUUCCUUAACCCUCUGUGCCAUGGCCCGCACCCCUUCCUGCCAGUGUCACCAGGGACUGCCAGAGCCCCAAGAGGCCUGCUCAUAUUCUGCCGCCUUUUGUUCUCUUUGGGAGGUGGGGUCUGGUUUUCCAAACACAUUCCCAGCUGUGCCCAGAGACCAGGGUGGUUUUGUUUUUCUUUCUCAGCCAGCGGAACAAUAGCCAUUCUGAACAACUCUUAGGGUACCUGAGCCAGAAAGACCAGUCUCAUGUUGAGGUGGUGAUAGGUGGGUCAGGAGAGAAUGAUAUUCUCCCAAGGCUCAAUGUCUGGGGGAAGAGGACAGAUCAAAGAGGGCAAUGAAGCCCAAAGUCAAAUGCUGUUUCCAUUCCUGUUCAAUAUAGGAAAACUCAUAGCAGAAUCUCUGCUCAUUGAAUCAAAUCUUCCUCAAGGAGGGUGGUAGGAUAGUGGAGACUAGCCUGACAGAUGGGGAUGGUUUGAUGGUGGGGAAAGGAGCAGAGAAAAGAAAUUUAUUUUGAUUCAAUACCAGACACAUCAUAGAUUUAGACCUAAGAGGGACCUUAAAAAAAAUCUAUUCCAAUCCCUCAUUUUAUAGAUGAGGAAACAGAGGUCCAGAGAGACUAAGUGAAUUAUUUAGAAUGAUAAAGAUAGCAAGUGGCAAAGGCAGGGUUUGAACCCACGUCCUUUGAAUCCAGAGCCAGUAACCUUUUUUAUUGUACUACAUUCUAUACUUUUGCUUGUUGUACCACUGAGACUUAUGGAAGAGAUGAGACAACACCUCUCAGGCUUAGCAUUCAGGGUCCAGGGACCCUGUACCUUGCAGUUUUCCAUAUUCCCCACUUAUUUGCCUCUUGGGAAACCCCAUUUCCCAAGAAAUUAGUUAAUCUGGGGUGCUUAGUCCUAUUUCUCUGAUAAUUGGCUUCCAAGAGAAAAUUUCUGGCAACAGAUGAAAACCCCCCGACUCAAUAUUCUCAGUAUCCCCUCCACCUCAAAAAAGCUAAUUCAGUUUGAGAGUGCAUUAAUAGGAUCCAAAUGCCCAGAAGGAAGGAGAUCAAGGAAUAAAAUAGUCCUGCUGCCCUUUACCCCAGCUAGUCAGCAUCUGGAAUAUUGUUUUCAGCUCUGGUUGUCAUAUUUUAGAAAGGACAUGGACAAAGCGGGGCAUAUGCAGAAGAAGAAUUUUAUCGCCUGAAGGAUAGCCAAAGGAACUGGAGAUGUUUAACCUAGAGACUUGAGGGUGAAGAUGGGGGGCAGGGCAAGAGAAGCAUGAUCCUUGUCUUUAUUUGAAGAGUUGUCAUAUGGAAAAAGGAUUAUUAUUCUGUGCAGCUCCAGAGGGUGGAACUAGGAUCAAUAGGUGGAAGCGUCAGGGAGAUGGAUUUCAGAUUUUUAACUUGAUAAUGAAUAGACAGGUCCAACAAGAGAGUGAGCUGCCUUAUGAAGUAACUUUUUUAGAGAUGUACAAGCAAAAGACCAUGUCAAAAUAGUUGUCUGUAGCGUAAGGAUGAUUGAUUGAACAAUCCCCAAGCUUUCUGGAGUGCCCCCUCCUACCAUUGGGAUCUCUUGGUCUUCUGACCACAAAUUCCUGCUCCCUUCUUCGGCUCCCUCUAUACCCUCCCCCCCCCCCCAACUACCAGGAUUUCUCUAGGCUCUAGUAUCAUUCUCUGUAGUAAUGGCUAGUGUGAAUUCAGAAAAUUCAAGUUCUCCAACCCUCAUCCUGCAUGGGGAAGGUCGGGAAUUCUUGGCAGAAAGAUUGGGAGUAGGGGUGGGGUGGAGAGGAAAGGUAGGGCUUGGGUUGUUCACCUCUUUCCUGGGAAAAUGGAAGAAAUGUCAUCAGGUAUGGUAGAGGAAGGGAUGGCUGGGAACAAAUGGGAGCCAAUCCUUGAACAUGUAUGUAACCUGGGACUCAAAUUCAUUUGCAUAGAAUUAGGGUGGAACAGGGAGAUUUGCCUUUGACUUACAUGUGAUCUUUCCCCCAGAGCUGGUGGGGCUGAUCCCUCAAACUGGCUCUCCAACUGUGAAGGCAAAGGCUCAAAUUCAGUGUCACAGACUUCACAGUUUGGACUGGUAGGCAGAGAGCCAACAUUGUAUAGAGGCCCCAGGAUCUCAGGGGAAAAGCGUGCGAGACCCAUAGAGGGAUUGUGAGAUAGGAAGUGGUCCUAUCCAAGAGUGAGAGAUGGCAUCAAUUAACUAGUCCACAGAGUCUUCUCAGAAGCUCUGGGAGAAGCUAGGCAGCUGUUAUUCCUGGGUCUCUCGUUUCUUCUGGGCAGGAUUCCGAGGAUGAGAUUGGGUAUGAGAGCCAGCUUAAAUGGGGAUUUUUCUAAAAGAUGCAAAUUUAUAGAAAAAAAGUAGGAACUAUAAAUCCUGGAACAAGAUGUCGGUAUCUGAGACAAAUGUUACAUAGAGCCAUCCAGGGAGUAAUUCAGCCCUAGGGUUGGGGAGUGGGGGAGGAUUAAAUGGAAAAGACUGCUCCUAUUCUGAGGAUGAACAAAUUAGUGACGCAGCAAAAGGGCAAAGGAGAGGGGAAAAAAAGAGCCAUGAGUUUGACAUUUCUUUCUCUGGGUGAGGGAGAUUUGUUCCUUUUUCUGAAACCCACAUACAAGUUGCAUCUGCUAUGGCUUCUGUAUCCCACUGGAUUUCACCAACUUGAAGGGGAUGAGAUGACAGCAGAGUCAUUUAGAUAACAUACCCCUUCCUGAGGCUGCUGCCUACUAUGAAUGUGGGAGACUGAGCCAGGAGACAGAGAAGAGAUGAGAAAGAGGACAGAGAAAGUGCAGGUAGAAAAUGGUAAUGCCCCAAGGAGGAACAAGGGUAAGAGGGGGCUCAUAGCUAAGACCAUUUCAAUCCUGACUGUACCAGUGAAAACAAUCUACACUAUGAGUAGGGCCCCAGCCUGUGACAGCCCACAGUCGUCCUACCCUUUACAGCCCCUUUUAGGGAAGUGGGUCAAGUCAAGAAGUAUUUGUUAAGUGCCUCUGCUGCCUGCGCAGGAAGAUAGCAUAUAUAGUUGGAUGCCAAACACUUAACACUCACGUAAGUGAUAGAAUGUCAGUCAUUUCGGCCAAGCCUUGGUUUGGAAGCCUGUUUCUUUAUAUAUGCCAUGUUGCUUCACUCGUGCAUCAAUCCUAUAGAUAUACUAUACGUUUGAAUUUUAUUUUUCUAUGUUGGGAUGGACCUUGCAUAUAGAAUAUGCUCUUUGCUGUUGGAGUAUCUUUCUUAUUUUUUUAUGCUAUGACUGUUAUUUAAUCCUCCAGAAGGAUACCUACUGAAGAAGACAUGGAAGAGGUUGAUGGUAUUUAUGUGAUUAUGUUAUAGGUGGGUCAGCAGAGAGCUUUAUGCUCCAGCCCAGGUCAGGGGAGGCACUCUUGUGAAGGGUGGAUCCAAGUUUGCAAGAAGGAAGCAGAAUGCUUUGUUUGUGGGAAACUAAAAUUGUUCAUUAAACUGGGAAAACUUG